CCUGCAUCCAUCCCUCAUUACAUCACACUUGUACACUAGUCAAACUCUUAGCAUUACACGCUGGCCCGUGCAUAAACUCCAUUCAUCACCGCUUUACGUUACUCAACCAUGAAGACAACCAUCAUCUCUAUCGCUUCUCUCCUUGCCCUUGCAUCGAGCGUCGCGGCCCAUGCAUCGCUCAAGUACCCGUGCCCUCGCUACUCGCCCUUUGGCGAGGGUUGCCCUGCUGUUCCAUCCGGCCAGUCGGUCGAUAGCAGCAUCAACGCGCCAAUCAGCUCGAUGACGCUGGGAGAAAAGCAGCCAUUCUGCAAGUACACAACACCGUUUUCCAAGCCGUCGGCGACCUGGACUGCUGGCCAGUCGGUGACCGUAAAGUUCCACGAUAACAUUGCUGCGCACUCGGGCGGCCACGGCCAGUUCUCGAUCUCCUAUGAUAACGGAAAGACAUUUGCUGUCAUCCACGAGGUUCUGCGGUACAUGUUUGUCGGAUCGAAGCCCUCUGGCCUGACGAACACCGCAUCGGUUAUGAGCUACACAUUCAAGCUGCCGGCUAGCUUGCCAAGCUCCGACAAGGCGGUGUUUGCCUGGACGUGGGCCAACGCAUCAGGGAACCGGGAGUUCUACAUGAACUGCGCCGAUAUUGCAAUCAAGGGCGGAAAAUCCAAGUCGUACACUGGAAAGAAGAUGACCGUUGUCAAUUAUCCUGGAUACCCUGCUAUGGCGGAGUUCAAUGGCAACUACGACACUGGCAUUGAGCUGUACAAGAACGCUCCCAAGAUUACCAUUUCCCCGAAGGGCUCAGGCAAGAGCCAAAGGGGUGUCAGAUCUGACACUCCUGAGAGCGACGAUUUGCCUGCAAACGAUGGCUCGGCUGUUGACAAGAGCGAUUCUACCAACAGUGACGACGACACGACUAGCUCCAGCAAGAAUCAAAAGGGUGGCAAGUCUAAGCUUCCUGACAGCGACGAUUCGCCUGCAAACGAUGACUCCGCGGCUGAUGAGUCCAGCUCUUCCAAUGGUGGCGAUGAUACAACUGGCAAGAACGAUACUGCUGCCGAGGGAAAUGAUGCUGCUGGUGCUGAUGAGCCUGCAAACGAUGGCUCUUCUGCUGCUGAUUCCGAUACCAUGGGUACUACUGGUACGGAGGGAAGCACAGGUGAUGAAAUCGGAGAGAAUGCCGACACCGGCGACAGCACUGCAGCCAAUGCCAGCGAUGACACGGCCGCUGACAACAGCAUCCCCGACAGCAAUGGUACAGCUAAGGAUGGUGAUGACGAGAUUCCGCAGAGCUCCGCGCCGUCCAUCCCUGAUGCUGCUGAGACCGGCACUGCCGAUUCUGGGUCAUGCACCCACGGCGCAAUGGAGUGCACUUCUGGGAACUCUGGCUACAAGGUUUGCCUGUACGGAAAGUGGAAUGCGGAAGUGCCUUGCGCUGCUGGAACAAAGUGCAAGAGCUCUGGUGGCAGCGUCACCUGCGGGUGGGCUUAGGGAUCGGCAAAGCGCAGCGAGCAUAUAUACACCAUUAGAUGAAUAUUACUAUGAAUAC